AUCGAUUAUGUCAAGAACAAAAGUCGAAAUAUUCUUAAUUAAAUCCAUCUUGUUUUUAUUUUAAUCGUUCAAUGGAAAGGGAUGGUUGUAGUGAAACAUUAGCUGUUUGCAAAAACUGAAGUGGAAAAGCUGUCAUCUCCUGAGAAAGUAUUCGUGACCUAAACUUAGUCUUUCGUACAGUUCCUUCACAUCAUUUUUACGUCUGUUUACUUGGAAGAGUUUGAGCUAAGAUCCUAAAAAUGACUGAAGUCCGUAAAAUCCGCGCUGAAGAUUUGAUAGCAAUGGGAAGCCAAGACAUUGCAGAUGCUCGUGAACGAGAUCCAAACUCUAGGAGAACCAACAGUCGAACAAAUAAAACAAAAUUUGGAGAAUUUGAAGGGGUUAAAGUCAGUCAGGACGAAAAGGUGUCCGACUUCAAAGCUGUUCUAAAGAACAAGGUUAAUGUUAAACCGAAGCAAGAAAAAGCAACAACAAACGACACAAAACCAGAAUGGGCUUCGAAACAACGACAUAUAGACGUGGGCAAAAUUGACGAGAAGCGAAAAGGCAAAGCUGAUACCAACAACAAUGCUGCGCCUGAAUGGGCGAGCAAAGUCAAACCACGUGGUCGAAUUGAUAUCGAGAAUAAAAAACCAAAGGCAGAGAAAUCGAGUACACCGGCGUGGGCGAAUAAACUGAACAGUACACGUAACAUAGUAAAAGUGGAAGCAAAAAAACAGAAAAAAGUUGAUAAAAUUUUAAAUCCAGCCUGGAAAAAGAAUUUGAACAACACCAAACAAGUAAAUGUGCAAACAAAAAAAGAAGAGGCUAAAAAAGCUUUGGAAGACUCUAAAAAAGAAACCAAAGCUGAAGAACCCGAGCCACAGCGAGAGCCAACGCCCGAGUCUGAGCCACCACGAGAGCCAACACCCGAGCCUGAACCGCCGCGAGAGCCUACACCCGAACCUGAACCACCGCGAGAGCCAACACCGCCACCGCGAGAACCUACGCCGCCACCUUCAGAACCGGAGCCAGAACAGGAACCGUCCCGAAGAACGCGAAGAGCACGUGCUGAUCCUGAAGAAGAGGUAACUUCGACACGCAGAUCAAGACGACGAGAUGAAGAUAAUGACGACAAUGACGGAGAAGAGACGAGCAGAAGAAGUAGAAGAUCACGUGAUCCAGAUGACGAUGAUACAUCAAGUAGGAGAUCACGACGACCACGUGACGAGGAGGAGGAAGAAACCACAUCUAGAAGAUCUCGUCGAACUCGUGACGCCGAUGAUGACAGUGAAGAAGUGACGUCUAGAAGAUCACGACGCACACGGGAUAACGAUGAUGGUGACGCUGAAGAAACAACAUCAAGAAGUUCUCGUCGGACACGCGAGACAGUGGAAGAAGACGACGAUGAAGAUGUUUCAGCCCGACGACGGGCCCGACGAGCACGACGAAGAGCAGAGGACGACGACUAAAAAUAACGUUCACGUUUUUGUAAAUGCUUUUUGGAUACUUACUAGAAAGACAAUUUUUAGUGUAGUAAAAAUGCGCAAGAAUUAGAGUUUCGCAAAUUUAAGUUUUCGCGAUUCUCUUUUCUGUUCUUUAAUCUAUGUAAACAAAUUUUUCUAAAUCUUCUUCAAACUUCACGAAUACUCUAAUUCGCUAAUAAGUAUUUUUUACGGAAAAGGGUUUGUAGUUUUUUAUAUAUUUUUAUAUUCUAUUUUUAUUUUCGCCUUUUUGUCUCAUUUAAUUAUUAGCAGCAUAAUUUUGUAAUUUAAAAUAAACUCCUUUACAGGUGCAAUUUUUAAAUAUUUUUUUUCAUUUUUACCCUUCCAAUGUGUGAAGGUCUUGUGCUGAUUUUAUAACUUGUCCGAAUGCGAAAAUUACCAGUAGUUUACAUUUUAGGCAACCUUCUGUUUAUUCUUGCUAUACAUUUAAGUUUUUUGAUUUGAUGUUCCUACUUAUCUGUGGAUAUAAUAACGCUUGUACGAAACACACAUUCUUAGCAUUUGAUGACUCA